AUGUCUGCAUUUGCAGCCUCCACCGACCCCGACGCUCUCGAUUACUCUUACACCGAGCCCGAGCCCGAGCCCGAGACAGCGACCAGUCCUUCGCUUGGCGCACAGGAUGCAGACAUGGACUCUCCAGAUGCCGGUGCCUCUCACAACCAGUCAAGGAAUCCUCUACUGGGCGAUGAUACACCAUUGGUCUCGGAUCUAGAACAAGAGGUUCUGGACGAAUAUACGCGUUUGCUGCGCAAUGUCAAUCAGGUAAGGCUUGCAAUGCCCGAUCUGCGAGGACUCUGCGCUUCGCAUGCCUUGCUCUCUGAAAAGAUCGGCGAUCUUGCGGGUUCCCCGGCUUCAAUGACGCUGGAUGGAAUGCGACUACUGGAACGGAAAACUGCCACUGUUUGCACGCUGCUCAAAGCGAGUGUGUACAGUAUUGUCUUGCAGCAACAGAUCUGGAACGAGAGUGAGGAGCAGCAGCAACAGCAACAGCAACAACAACAUAUGCAAGAUAAUGACCCGGAUGAUCAAUUUUCGGAUCAAGGCUACCAGCAUAGUGGAAUUUACGAUCGAGAUGGGGACAUCACUUUUCAGUAA